UCGCGCAAUGCAUUGUGGGACUUCAAAAUGGAGCCGUCUACUGCUCUGUGCAGUGUUAUGUAGCCGUCCACCACUGUGAUGAAAAGGAGAUUGAACCACUUGACCUGCACACAAAUUUCACUAGGUCAACCUGCAGAAUGGGUGUUUGGUGUUUGGGCAGGGGAGCGCUCAUGUCCACCGGUUAUCUCGGUGUUUAUUCCAGACAAUACUGCGCUCGGUAUCUGUGCGUAAAGUUGAACGUCUCUGGUGCUUCAGCUCCAUUAGGGCUUCAUGUCAAGAAGUACAGCAGCCAGGGGAGUAAUAAGGGAGGAGAUGAACCGGGACAGUUUCUGUGCUAUCACCUUCCUCAUAGGACCUUACUGAAAAUCCAAGGACAGGACACGAGCCCGUCUCAAGGAAUUAUAACCAACGACAUGGCGCUGCUGGAGGACCCUGCUCAGAAAGUCAUGUACUCACAUAUGCUAAAUGUGCAGGGAAGGACACUGUAUGACAUCAUCUUGUACAGUCUAAAAGAAGCCGAAGCAGGACAAGGGGUUUUCCUGGAGUGUGACAGCACGCUUAAAGACUCAAUCUUGAGACAUUUGAAGGUGUACAAGAUUCGCAGAAAGGUCAAUGUUAACCCCUGUUCAGACCUUUCCGUAUGGGCGGUGCUUCCGAAGCACAAGGAUGAAGAGGCCAGUAAACCAGAGCUGUCCUCCCCAGACAAAGCUGUGGUAUGGGAGAUCGAUCCUCGAACUCAGGAGAUGGGCUGGAGACUGGUGGUUAAUAGUCAAGUUGACCCCUCGGAUAUGAUUCCAUCAUGUCAGAAAGGUGACACAGAGGAGUAUCACAGACAUCGCUAUGCAAUAGGACUUCCUGAGGGGGUGAAGGACCUUCCCCCUGGGGUGGCACUACCACUAGAGUCAAAUCUGGUCUACAUGCAGGGUAUCAGCUUUAGCAAAGGCUGCUACAUUGGCCAGGAGCUCACAGCCAGGACUCAUCACACUGGGGUGAUUCGAAAACGCCUGAUGCCAGUACACUUGUCAGCUCCAGUCCAAGACCUGGAGGAAGGCGCUUCCCUGCAAACACAGUCCGGCAAGCCAGCUGGGAAGCACCGAUCAGGGGUUGGAGAUCUGGGUCUGAGCCUAAUCCGUAUGGCACACGCCAAAGAGGUAUUGAUGCUUAAGUCUUCUGACGACACAGCAGUGACACUUGAGGCUGCUGUGCCAGACUGGUGGCCUCAAGACGUGAAAGUCAACUGAAGAGAAGGAUGCUUUACAGUUCCCUCAAAUGUGACGUACAUCAAAUCUGACAGACGUCUCAUAAACAGAACCCUGAAGUACAGUAUGUUACACUGUCAUUGUUUUACAGCUGUGUGGCACCAGUCCUUAUAUGUGAGUGUUUUUGUUUGCAAUAUGAACUAUUUUAAGAGUGAUUGAUUGUGCUCAAAUGGUCAAGAUUAUGUGCAACAUAAGUACGCUUUUGAAAGAUCUAUUUUUAGCACUAUAUCAGAUAAAGAAUUAUAUAAAUGCUAUUGUUUUUUUUUAAUUGAAUAAAUAUUUAAAACGGAACAACAAAA